UCAGUUUUUUUAUUGCACAAAUUGGUAACACGGGUUUUUAUGUCGAGUAGGGGGGGAAGUAUAAUCGCUACCAUUUUGCUUCUCAAGACCCUUUUUGCGUUGUUUGGUACCUGAGUUCAAUGCACCAACUUAUAAAACUUUGGGCCUUUCUUUUUGCUUUUGUUGGUUGCGAGCUCGAAUUGUACACUACUUCCCUCAAACUGGUUCACAUUAGAGGCACUGGGUUCUGCUUGAUUCGUCUUGCAGCUGCUGUUUGCUGGCGUUGUUAUAAACCUGCUUUCUGGGGUUCAAAAGAUGUACUACUGAACGUCAUACGCAAUGAAUUGUUAUUACCCUCGUUGCUUGCUACCAUCCCGUGAACAUAUCAACAUCGUUUCACUCGGCUGGAGAAGAAGAAGCUAUGCAGUUCCUUGAUAAUGGUACUUUAGUAUUGCCUCAAAGAUAAAUUUCACC